AAAAAGCUCAUAUUCAACAACAACAGCCUGUUAAGAGAUCCCCAUAGGUGAUCACUCAGCACAACAGUCUCAGUCAUGGUGUGACAAAAAUGAAAACAAAACAUCACACAGCAACACAACAGAUGACUAAAAACCAACGAGACACUCUUCCAGGUUAUAUAGAACAAUAACUAACAACAGAGUGACUUUGAACAAUCAACUGAAGAGCUAUUUACAUAUAGACAGUGAACCAGAAAUUGCUCCCAGCGACGCCACUAUAACUUAAGUGUGUUUUGGGGCAGAAGGGGAAAAAAUACUUUUGGCCUUACAUUGCUUGUCUUUACUAGCUGCCGGCUAACAUUUACACUCUUAAAAAUGCUGGGUUAUUUUUUUGACCCAAUCGCUGGGUUGAGCCUGUUGGGUCAUUUAAUUGGGUUAUUUUUAUUGAGUUGGGUAUUCUGACAACCCAAUUCGCUGGGUUAUCUCUGUUGGGUGCUAGGUUAUUUGCUGCUGGGUUGUGAUUUCAAUGUUGUUGUGUUGGGUUAUUUUGGACAACCCAAAGCGUUGGGUAGAUGUUUGGGCAUGCGCAACAAAGCACCGCCCACAAACCUACUUUGUUAAAACUUACUGUUCGGACCGCACUUUUCUUUUGAGGAGACGGAGGCAGCGCAGCACGGAGAAAGUUUUUUGAAUAACAUCGAUGGAUGAUUUUGUCAUAUCCAAAUUGACAGAGUGGCAGCUACCGGGGCUGAUUGAAAGGUUUAGAGACGAGGCAGUUGACGAGGAAAGCUUCUGUUAUCUGGACCAUCAGUCAAUCACAGCCUUAAUUCCCAGAAUAGGCGAGAGGGUGAAAUUCAUUAGGAAAUUUAAUGAAUAUGUAAGUGCUGCAGUUAGACACACAGCCAGCAUUUUCACAAAGUUCUAAAUUGGACGGACGAACAGACUGACAGACUAGCGCUUUUAGUUCUGAAUUCAGGCGAGUCAUGGGAUACGUUUGCUUCAGAUGUAAAGCUCAAAUUCCUGGUAAUGUGAAAAGUCUUUUCAUUCAUUUACGGGCGGUACACCAUGUUAAUCAGGCUGGAAAAUAUUUCCAGUGCUGUGAAAUUGGCUGUGGCAGAACAUUCAGCUACAUGCGAUCAUUCAGAAGACACUUACAGCGGCAUGAAAAUGUUGAGGAUGUGCUUGGUGUACCUGCUCAAGAUUCCGUCCAGCCUGAGUUCCUUUAUGCUGAAGGCCAGCCAGCAGAGGAAGUAGAGGAGUGGGAUGACAUUGAGCCAGAGGGCAUCACUGAUCGGGUAGCUACUUUUUUAGCUCACUUGAGGUCAGUGUCUUCACAGACAUGGUCCGGCAUUCAUUUUAUUGUUGAGCAGACCUCUGGUUUAAUCUCUGACAUUGUGGGUAGACUGCAAUCAAGGACCAUGGCAGUUUUUGGUCAUUUGGGACAUGAUCAAAGCCCAGAGGUAGAGCAACUGAUGGUGGAGUUCGAAGACUCAUCUCAGCCCUUCAGAGAUCUAGACACAGAGUAUAAACAGAUGCAGUACUUUCUCAAAGCUGGAGGCUUCAUUGAACCAGUUGAGGAAACUUUUCCUGGGGAGGGAUCCUAUGUCCAGAAAAGGGACUCCAGCACUGGGACUGUGAAACAAGUCGCAGUUCCUGACACUUUUCAACGUGUUCCACUUCCACGUCUUCUAAGACAGGUCCUUGAAGAUCCUGUCAUAUUACAGGCAAUGCUGGAUUGGCAACAAAGAGAGGGUGGAGUCCUUCAGGAUGUCUUUGAUGGGGAAUUUUGCAAAACACACCCACUCUUCUUGAAAGAAACUUCGAUUCCACUUCUUUUUUACAAUGAUGAGUGUGAAACUGUCAACCCUCUAGGAUCAAAGACUGGAACACACAAGCUCGGCUUCAUUUACUUUCAGCUCAAGAGCCUGCCACCAGAUCUGCUCUCCAGCUUACGGUCACACUUUCUUUGUGCCGUAUACAAAUCUGAUGAUGCCAAAACAUAUGGUCUUGAUGUUAUCCUGCGUCCCAUCAUUGCAGAGCUGCAAUUACUGGAAAAAGAAGGCAUCCCCGUUGACACCUCCACUUUUCAAGGUGUUGUUAAGUUCUCUCUUGUCCAAGUGGUCGGGGACAACUUGGGCUUGAAUGCCAUCCUUGGUUAUUCAGAAAGUUUCACUGCUAACCAUAUGUGCCGGUGGUGCAAAGUGCACAAACAUGUCUCGACGCAGCAGACAUUGGAAGAUCCAGCCCAGCUGCGUAAUAUACACACCCAUCAGGCUGAUCUGCAACUUGCAAGCCUUUCAAACACAGGAUUGAAGAGAGACAGUGAGCUGAACAACCUCUCUUUUUAUCAUGUGACUGACAAUGUGGCCCCGGACAUCAUGCAUGACAUUUUAGAAGGAGUAGGACCGUAUGAGAUCAAACUUGUCUUGAAUACCCUGAUUGAGCAAAAACAUGUCACACUUGACCAAGUAAACUACAGACUCACAAGCUUCGAUUAUGGCUUUUGUGACAAGGCGAACAAGCCCUCUGCCAUUACCAAAAAUGAUCUCAGAAACCAUGAAGGGACCAUGCGGCAGUCAGCAGCUCAAAUGUGGUGCCUUAUUCGGCUACUGCCCACCAUGAUUGGUGAUCUCAUCCCUGAGGGAAACGAGGAAUGGGAACUUCUUCUGCUCUUGCUACUGCGCAUGGAGUUCAUCUUCUCUCCCUCUAUUACCAUCGCUGGAACACACUAUUUGACGAAGAUCAUUGAGGAGCAUCACUCCCUCUUCCUUGAACUAUUUCCUCAUUUACAUUUGCGCCCAAAGCACCACUUCAUGGUCCACUAUCCACGAGCAAUCCGAAAACUGGGACCCUUGAUACACUUUUGGUCUAUGCGCUUUGAAGCAAAACACAACUUCUUCAAACGUGUCAGUCACAUCACAUGCAAUUUCCGGAAUAUUUGUAAGACAAUGGCGUAUCGACAUCAGAUGCAACUAUGUUACAACCUUCGGUCUGGCUCUGUGUUGAGUCACAUCACGGAGGUUGGCCCAGGGCCCAGCACCUUUCUGUCCGCCAUAGACUGCUUUAAAGACCUCCAAAAGGAUCUUACAGAUUUUCCUGUUUUCACUGAGGUUUUGGUGCCAGCCUGGGUGACUUUCAAGGGCACUAAAUACAGACCAGGCAUGACACUAUUCCUCUCCUACGACUCCGAUGGUGAACCCCAGUUUGGGCUUUUAAAAUCCAUCAUCUUUCUGGGUCCAUUGUCAGACAAACCAACUACCCGGUUUGUUGUACAGAAGUGGGAAACCCAAGGUUUUGAACGGCACUUUCAUUCAUACAGUGUGACUCAGACUCAGACUUUGGCAGCUGUUGAUCCAAGUACACUAAUUGAUCAUCAUGCAUUACAUGCUGUAAAAUCAUACAGGGAACAUGAGGACUGUUUCUACAUUUCCCUUCGCUAUAGGGUAUUUUAGGACAAUUCG